UAGCAGUUGCCAUUCGAAACUCCGUGCCGCGAACUUGCACGCCGCGAAAAACAAUCAAAAGCAUUGCGUCGUAUUUAUAUUUUCCCGAUCGGGCUUUCGUUUCUCUCGCGCAGCCGGUAGCACCUACCAUUGAGAAAUUUGAUAUGUACGGUUUAACGUCUCAAAUUGAGUCUAAAUAAAGUUAAUAAAAAUAUACAGGGUGGUGAGUUGCAUAGAUCGACUAUUUUCUAACUGGACAGUUUACAGAAGUGAACGUUGUUCUUUUAAGUGUGUGAAGUGCUACUCAAAUCGAAUUAAGAUUGAAGGUAAAUCAGUAGAGUAUCCUUUGGUGAAUUAUGUCUUAUGUGCCUGUAGUGUUCAGUACAGUAAUGGCAUUUCACUUUGACAAUAUUCCUCCAUCUUGAAUGGGAGCGUUAUGCUGAGUCGGAGAAGCGACAGCUUAGCGGCAGAGUCUGAAUCCUCGAAGGACAUGACUGCUGUCAAUGCGAGUGUUCACGAGCUAGCAGGAGUCCGUCUACCCUUGCAGCCUUAUUCAGGAGGUCAUGCGGUAUUCAUGUAUAGUACUGCAACUGAUGGUAACGUAACGCUCCAGUUGCGGGAGUCAGAUGACCUGGACAGAUCCAGUUUGGCGGCGAUGCUUGCCCGUCUACAGGACGACGCCACCUUUUCCAUAUCCUACCAGGACUCUGACAUCCUUUCGGACGGAAGCAUCGAUGUGCUUCUUGGAACCGCUGGUACUGGUACUCUUCAAGGAUCAGGUACGACAGAAGGUGUGACGGCGACAUUUGAUCUGUUCGACUCCUCCAGUGGACCCGAUCUAACCUUGUCCCCUCAAACCUUUACUAACUCGACUGAAGCUUUCAUCAACGAUAAUUCCAACAGCUUGGGAGUCUCUACUGAAAACGAUACAGUUUCCACAACAACUGAUGACAAAAAAGCAUCUGGGGGAACGGGAACAGAUUCUGUGAAGCUAGCUGUAGUGAAAAGAUCCAGGCCAAAAGCAGCCUCGCCAAACCGUCAAGGGCCUCAACAAUGCCAGGUGUGUGCCAAGGUCUUCGGGAAUGCCUCAGCUUUAGCCAAACAUAAGCUGACCCACAGCGACGAGAGAAAAUAUGUCUGCAACAUGUGCGGCAAAGCAUUUAAAAGACAGGAUCAUCUCAACGGUCAUAUGUUGACGCAUAGAAACAAAAAACCAUACGAGUGUAAGGCAGAAGGCUGUGGCAAAUCGUAUUGUGAUGCGAGAUCAUUAAGACGUCACACGGAAAAUCAUCACAGUAGUUCUUCAACCGUCAAUACCACGACCACAACGACACUGUCUCCAGCACAAGGAGCAGCAUCCGGAGAUGCGGCUUCUCCACAUGGUUCCAGCUGUAUACAGUACGCACCACCUCCCACAUCAACCACAUCAUCUUCAGGAGGAAAAAGUCAGCUGCAGCAAUUACUAGCCAGCGAACCAGCAACAAAGAAUGGAAAUGGUGGGAACAAUGACGGUCUAACAAAGCAACAAUUAGAUCUUAUUCAUCAGAUAAUGGAACAAACUCAACGACAAUCUCAGACAACUACCUCUAAGGCACUAACGAAACCUGUCAGCAAAUCAGCCGUCAAAACUACCACUAAACUUCAAAAGUCAUGGACAACAUCCCAUACAUCUUCUAACAACAAAGUAAGUACAAAUAUUUCGAGUCCACAAGCCAAAGUUUCAACCACUACUCCUUCGACCACUACAGUUAAUUUAGUUUCAAAAAAUCAAGGAGAAGCAAAACCAGUCGAAUGUAACUUAUGCCACAGAAAAUUCAAGAACAUUCCGGCGUUGAAUGGGCACAUGAGGCUGCACGGAGGUUAUUUCAAAAAGGAUUCAGACAACAAGAAAUGUGAAAAGAAGGAAAACAACGGUCCUCCUCUUCAGACAGCCAGCGUGAGUGUUAGAGCACUUAUAGAAGAAAAAAUAAUAAACAAAAGGAUCACGACGAAUCCGACCUCGACAACCAUGUCCUCUUCAACGUCUAACGAUGAAUCGUCACGUUCAGUGGCGCCUCCGCUCUUUCCCUUAACUGUGCAUUCCCCGUCGAGUUCAACCGAUUUGGACUCGACGAAAAUUACCUCAUUCGUGGUGCCUGCACCACCCCAACUUGCCAUUGAAAAGGGCCGAAGACAUUCCGACGCUGAAACGUUCACGAGUACUCGAUGUUCCACACCUCAAAAAGAAGCUGAGACGCUGGCCGAACUGAUCCUUAAAAAGGGAAAGGUUUCCGUCAAAAGGACCGCGUCAGAUCCGGGUCAGUCGGCACAACAAGUGAUCCAAUUGCAAAACGGAGAAUCGCUCACGUUGAGAGGAGUAUCGUAUCAGCCUGACGAUGCAUCCGAAUACUUUUCCUCGAGCUUACAAGAUGAAGUAUUUACACAGGUUCAAGACAGUAUGAUCCUUCAAAGUGUUGACGCUCAACAAUUGGCAUCGAUUUCUUUUUCUUCUGCCGAUUCUCUUUUACAAGAACAAAGCCAAAGCUUAACGGCAUUGGACGAUUACACUAGCAACAGCAAUGGAAACAUGCAAAGUUGCGUGGCACAAUCGCCUGCAUCCUAUCAGUCUAGUCACACGGUCAAUCAAGAACUGCAGGCGGUUCUUGAUUCACCUCUUCCAGAAAGUUUAGCUGAAUUCGGAGCUUUUCAUUCCUCGAGCAAUAUCGAUCUGCCGUCACCAGGGUACCAAACACAAUCACCAGCACAAUAUUCGGAAUCUCCACGAACAUCCCUCGCUGCUCAAUCACCUUUACAAUCACCCCUUAUACGACAUGACUCCCCAGGUUUCGCUUAUCCGACACCUCCGGCUAGUCACGAAGGUCAAAGCCCCUGUUUUACACAAACGUCGGUCUAUCCAACUAUAUCGCCCAAACAGAAUGACUUUCAAAUUAACAGCAGAGAUUUGGAUGAACCUCCACAGGCAUCAUCUCCACUUUCGGCAGCGUUUUUCACAUCAACAAUGUCGAGCUCUGCAGCUGUUGAAGAAGCAUUGGAAGAAGUUCUACCUGGAGAAACAAUAUCAUCAGACGAUAUCUAUCCUCUGACUAACUCCCCAAAUCCUCAAUCGCCCUUGUCAGUCGGUCUAACGCCGGUAGCGUCUCCUUUACCUAUCGUUUCCAAUCAACCUGUUUCUUCUCCCCAUCCUGUUCCAACCUAUACCAUUUCGCCCAGUAAUGUUGUCAAGUAUCGGAUAUCGCCUCAUCAUACGUUACAAUCACAAAUGAUGCCUAAUUCUGAUGACCCCCUACUGUCGAGCAGUCCCAAAGAUACAAAAAAGAAAUUCGAAUUCAACGGAAUCCCGUUGAAAGUUAUAAGCACCAACGGCCUAAUAGAACUUAACAAUUCCAACUUUACCGGCCUUCUGUUAGAUUCUAAUGGAGAACUGAGACUUAUUCAGACCAACGGAAAUACAUUACAAACAAAGAACGUUGUAAUCGGAACUUCUGCGUUUGUUCAACAGUCUGCGGACAAAAAUUCUGUAGAACAUAAAGUUCAAGAGAUGAACAAAAACUCAAAAAGUAUGCAAUUUCCUACGGUACAAAAACAAACCGUUUCCAUUUCAAAUAAUUCUGGACUUAGGAAGGAAGACGACGGAAACAUUUUUGUUAGCCCAGCAAUGUUACCUUGCAGUCCUGCCAGACUAUCAAGGAAAAGACCUAGAAUAGAACCCUUACAACUACCUAUACUUUACCAGUCAAAGUUAAGAGCAACAAGGAGUAGGCCUCAAGGAUGUGCACCCUAUACACCUCCUCCCAUGCUGAACCCAUCAAGAACUGGUUCAGGACUUUACCAUUCUUUAAAAAUUAAAAAAGAAAUUAGUGAUGACUACCCAAAUUGUUGGAAUACAGAAUCUAUACCAGAAUCAGAUUCAACUCCUCACAUUAAUAUGGGUUCUAAAUUUCAAAGCAGUAUACCUAGCCUUCAGCACCGAUAUUUUGUUGAAAGAGAACAGUGCAAGGAAAAUCUGGUCUGGGCCCCGAAAAACGAUAACCUUACUGAAAAUGAAAUCGACAUGUAUUUGGACUUUGCGUGCUGUGCUGCCGUACCAGGUGGUGGGCAAAAUAAGGAAUAUGCACUACAUCUUCUAAACCUAUGUGGGGGCAAUAUUCACGAAGCUAUGUUACGGCUCAUGCAGUCGUCACCAACGCUCCCUUCGGACCAUCCCCUUUUACAUUAUCAAUACAAUGACAGCGAUAAGUGGUCACCAGAAGAAGUAGAAGCUUUCCACCAAGGCCUAAUCAAAUACGACAAGGAUUUCUUUUUAAUAUCCAAACACAUCGGUUCGAAAUCGACAAAGCAGUGCGUCCAGUUUUAUUAUGUUUGGAAGAAAGUUUGUCUGGAUGAAUACAAAAAAAUUAAACAAACAAGAGAGAAGCGAAAUUUCAAUCACACCAACCACGAGUCGGACUUUGAAGAGAAGCCAUACCCGGACGUUAAACUGCUAGGGAUUGCCGAUACCGAGUCGCCGAUAGCUUUCCCUGACCACAAGAACUUUAUCUGCGAAUAUUCGGACUGUUCAGCUAGUUUUAAUUCAAAGGCGGCCUUAAACGGUCACAUCCGGAUACAUGGUGGUACAGCCCGUAAUUCACCGACGUUUUCGCUUAUAGAACGACGCUCGUCAGUGACGACGGUGUGUCACAUAGACUCUCCAGAAGAUUAUCCUUGUAAGAUUUGCGGGAAGAUAUUUUUUAAGAUAAAAAGUAGAAGUGCCCACAUGAAAUCCCAUCGGCCACCAGACACCGAUUCGACAAAAAGAAAAGACAAAGAUUCAGCAACCGCCGACCUACUUCCUUCCAACUCGUUCAGUACCUAGCACUUCCGCUGCAAAAGGCGACAAGGUGAUACGCACGUGGUCUUAGAAAUUAAUAAUACGUAAAACCCCAAAUAGGUAAAGAUGACGAGUUAUCGGAGAAGAGAACAAAAGACACAAAAAAUUCAAUAAAACUAUAAUCAAAACGGAAAUGAAAAUGAAUAAGAAUGAAUAAUCAAAUCUGUACUCAGUCGACGCUUAUUAUUACUAUAGAAAAUAUGAACAAGUUGUAGGAUAGUAAAUACAUUACAUACAUUCAUACAAACAUUUAUGAAAAAAAAAUAAGGUGUAAUAGAUAGUCGUAAUUAUUACGUAUCUUACUGGGUUGUGCACGUUACUCUUCAAGGUAACGUUAGUGCCUUUGAUAAAAAGAUAACUGAAUAUAAUCAACAAUAUUCAGUUCGCUACUACUACAUGCUACCUACUACUCGUACUAUUACUACUACUACUGUUACUGCUACAGGUACUCCUGCUACUAUGUACUACUUUACAUUUAAAAUAUAAAUUCUUAAACUUUAUAUUCAAAAAGUCUAAAGACAUCGAAGUGCACUAGUAUGAGGCAAAGGACACCCUUACAUAACUAAAUACCAGUUAUCUCAAAAUUUGGUUCACAGCUUAUGUCUCAGUAUUCUCAUUAAUGUAGAAGACUGAAAUAAAAAUCAUUUAAUUUUGUACUGCUGUAAACA